UUGGUGAAACCAUUCACGGACACAAAUUCUCUCGCCGUCCGAUCCUUUCGCCGCUAAAUCCAACGGCUGCUUCCGCUUAGAAUUAGUACAAUUACCUAAGUAGUACUGCCUCUCUCUCUCUCUCUCUCUCUCUCUCUGUGUACAAACAAGAGCGUGCUCAAAACGUCUAAAGCUUUAUAACGCCAACUCUUUUUGCCUCCACAAUAAUUGUGCUCUCACCUCCAUAAACUUCAAAACUCCACCGGAGAAAAGAACCGGAUCCGAGUUCUACUGGGUUGGUCUGAAAAGAUCUGAGGAGCAAAAAUUUCCACAGGCUUUUAUCUCCAUCUUUCUCGACUUUUGAAUGAGUGGUGGUUAAUUGUAUGCAGGUUUGUGCUUCAAGGUCUGGCUGCCGACAGCGUUCAAAGCUCAACAGCCAAACAACUGUUUGUGGGAAAGUCUCCACAAGUUCAAAGCGAGUUCCUGACAAGUACUCAAGCUUGAUUGAUGUGGCUAGAAGACAUGCAUGUGUGCUUGCAUUUUUUUUGAGGAAGCCAAUAUAUUGGAGCAAUUUUUCGAGUUGGAAUUCUUUUUAAUAAUUAAGGGGAAAAAAGUAGUGAUCUUGGUGAACUUUAGUGGAUGGAGAUGAGUGGCUUUAGGCAUGAAUCACAUGUAGCACAACAAAGUCGGCGGGAUAAGUUGAGAGUUCAUCAAACUUCAAGCCCACCUCACCAUCUCGACAAUUUAGCAAACAAUUCUGGGAAAUUGCCACUCCAUCCAGGACUAAACCCACAUAUCGUGCAAGUUCGAAAUGUGAGGAAUGCGAAUUUGCUCUAUGAUCCAACUAUGUUUUCUUCUGAAAUGCUCGAUUUUUCAAUCAAUGCAAAUGCUCCGUUGUCAGCUCACAGAAUCACAAUGGCAUGUCAUGAUCAAGAUCUAGGUGCAGCUCAACCCGCCGGUGAGAGUCAGAAUUUUGGUAACUGGAGAAGUACUCUUAAUCCACCUCAAAGCUUAGAUUGGGUGAAUAAUUACACAAGUGGAUAUCAGGAUGUAGUUCAGUCUAGUUUGGCCAACUCAUCUGCUGAUCAAAUUUCUAGUCAUCAUGUUGCCCAAAAGCACUUCGGAGGAGGAGCAAUGCACUUUUCGUCCCCUUCGCUAAAAUACGUUAACACUCUCCAAGAUGUUGUCACUUCAGCUUCUCAAGGGACACAGCAGGAUCAGCUAGAAAUGGCUUCAAUUGUGCACCAAAGAAUCAUGGAAAAUGAAUUUGUUCGCGUUCCAAGCUACGGGAAUCAAUCAAACACAUUGCGCUUCAAUAAUGCCAGUAAUUCUUGGAUGGAUCGGCAGCCUAUCGAGAAUCGCCAUAAUUGGAGUAGUGGUGGUGGCGGGGGACUAGAAUUUAGUACUGCAAACAGUGUUGAUGAAGAAAUGAGGACCGGUAUGAGUAGCGAUUCCAACCAACAAGGGCUGUCUCUAUCACUCUCAUCAAAUCCACCAUCUAAUAAACUGCCUGUGGCUCAAUUAAUUGGGUCUCAAGAUUUACAUGCGAGCACUGAUGAUGAUGAUGAUCAUCAUCAUGCACUUAAGGAUCUUCAAAAUUCGAAAAUGGGGAAAUCUUCUGGCGGAUACUUGUGUUCCAUAACAAAGCCAUCUAUUAUUAGCAAAGCUUGUGGAAAAUCACAUCAAGACAUUGUGGGGAAUUCUAGUACUAGCGCCUAUCGAAGCACUGGUCCUCUGGGUCCUUUCACUGGAUAUGCAACGAUUCUGAAGAGUUCGAAGUUCUUGAAACCGGCUCAACAGCUACUGGAUGAAUUCUGUAGGGUUAGUGAUUCAAAGAUACUGAAAACAUGUGAGGCAUCUGAGAGGAUGUCUGGAGAUGUGAGUGCUUCAGCCUCAGUUUCAAUUUCCAUUGAAGCUGGUAAUGCAACCGAAACUGAAGUAGUGGCUAAGAGGAACAACUCCGGUGCAUCUUCCUCUACGUUUUACGGUUCAACCGAAAUUAGCAGUGAUGGUGGAGCUGCAAGCAUAUCUUCUGAGUCCUUUUGGCCGGAGUACCAACAAAAGAAAGCAAAGCUCCUAUAUAUGCAGGAGGAGGUUAGCAGAAGGUGCAAGCAAUAUCAUCAACAAAUGCAAAUGGUGGUUGCUUCCUUCGAAUCAGUUGCCGGUCUGAGUUCCGCUACGCCGUACAUAUGCAUGGCCCUAAACGCAGUCUCAAGACACUUCAGGUGUCUUACAAAUUCCAUCAAGGACCAGCUCAAGCACACAAGGAAGGCAUUGGGAGAGGAAUAUAUGUCAUCCUCUGUAACUGCUGCUGGUACUGCUGGGUGCUGUAGUAAAGGUGAGAAAAAUUUCGCCAAGCUAAAGUAUAUGGGCCUAGGUUUCCAAAAACAUAAUAAGUCUGGCGGUGGGUCCCUUGUGGGUUUCUCUGAACCCCAACAACACGUCUGGAGACCCCAGAGAGGCCUACCUGAACGUUCUGUAGCCAUUCUCAGAACUUGGCUCUUCGAGCAUUUUCUUCACCCGUAUCCUACGGACACAGAUAAGCACAUGUUAGCCACUCAAACGGGUCUAUCUCGAAACCAGGUGUCAAACUGGUUCAUAAACGCCCGAGUGCGCGUUUGGAAGCCCAUGGUUGAAGAAAUACACAUCCUCGAGACCAGAGGAGGCUCCCUUGAAACUGGCCAAGAUCCUAUCAAUAAGGAUGGAAAUUCUGCAAAUGAAGGCACCAGCAGCAGGCCAAACAAUGAUCACCAACUAAGCAUGAAUGUGAUGCCCGAUAGACAAUUAAAGUGCUUGGGAGAUGCAGAGCAACGAAAUCAGGAUAUGAAGAGGUCUAGAUUGGACUGCCAAGUUUCAUCAAGCAUGGACGGAGGAUUGAUGGGUUUUGUCCAGGACCAGCGAGGAGGGUUUGAGGCUGGGGGACUUGGAGCUGUGUCCCUCACUUUGGGUCUUAGACAUGGGGUGGAAAGUGCCCAGCAGCAGCAACAACUGCAGCAACAAGAGGAUCAGCUUCGGCGGCAACUUGGAGGUCAAAUGAUACGUGAUUAUGUGGGAUAAUUUACGACACGAAGGUUACGCAAAAUAAGGACAGGGUGUAGCUCUGCUAGGCUCCCCAUUUCGGUCGGCCAUGAUAGAAAAAAAAUUAAAGAUUGCAAUGGAGUAUUAGGUUUAGGAUGUGAGGAUUAAAUUGUGACAGAGAGCUAGUGAGGGGAGCCUGGAUAGAAUUUGGGUGGAGCGACAGGGUUUUAAAGAACUGUUCAUAUUAAUGUGGUAGAAUGUUUCUUCACUAUUGAAAUUUGAAAUAUCGACAGGUUGUGAAAAA